AUGAAGUUCUUGCGCCAAACGAGUAUUCAGUACAUAGGGGAAUUUACGAAGCACUGGUUGUUCGAACGGCAGGUAAAGCACUUUUUGGAGCGAAUCGUGAUGGAUUGGAAUAUAGUCGACUAUGGUGAAAUGAAAAUAUUAGAGAAAUAUGCCAACGAGUGUCAUAUAGUUUCGCUGUUUAUAGUCAGAUAUAUCGGUUUUAUAAUCAUCGAAAUGCUGCCGAUUAUUCUCGACGCUGUCGCGCCAAUGAACGAAACCCGGCCGCGCCAGAUCCAGUACGACUUGGAGUUGUUUCUCGAUCGGCAGCAAUAUUUUUUCUUCUACGUGACAUAUGAGUGCGCAAUGUUGAUGAUUUCAUAUUUAGCACUAGCACCGAUCUUCCUUUUGUUGAUUGUGUUACUGAGACACAUUUGCGCCAUUUAUAAAAUCGCUAGCAUCUUGAUUGGGAGUACAGUGACUAAACAUACGCUUGAAAUUCCAGAUGAUCGGAAAAUACGCGAGAUGUGUCGCAGGAUCACUCGUGCCAUUUAUAUGCACAGAAGAGCUAUACAGUUUAUCCAAUCCAUGUUAAAACUCUUGGACAAAUGGGUUCUCGUUGCGACAGCGAUCGUUAUAUUGUCUCUAAGUUGCAAUCUUCUACUACUUUUGGUAGCGGUGACAGUGAUAACGGAAGUUUUCGAAAUACUCAUACGUUUAAUAACGGUGUUUGGCCACUUUAUAAUAUUGUUUAUAGGUAAUUUUAUUGCACAAACAGUUACAAAUCACAGUGCCGAGAUGUUUACCGCCUCAUAUAAUACUGCGUGGUAUCUAUCUCCGUUGCCGGUACAAAAAUUGUUGUUAUUCGUCAUGCAAUAUUCUCUGAAGGAUAAAGUGUUGACGAUUGGUGGAAUUUAUCCAGCAUCUUUAGAAGGAUUUACCACGCUUACGCAGUUAACGACAAACUACGAUUAUUUAUUUGUCAUUACGGUACUUUCGGGCAUUAUACCCUGUGUCACAUGUAGCAUAUUUAACAUCUAUUUUCACAUCAAUCCUAAGAAAACAAAGCACGUAUUGGAGCAAAUCAUGAUGCACUGGAAUACAGCAGAUUACAGCGACAUGAAAAUAUUAGAGAAAUAUGCCAAGGAGUGUCGUAUAGUUUCGCUGAUUAUAAUCGUUAUGAUCAUCACAGCAUUUUUCGUUAAUAUAAUCAUCGAAAUGCUGCCCAUUAUUCUCGACGUCGUCUUGCCGAUAAACGAAUCACGGCCGCGCAAGAUUCAAGUGGAUUUCGACAUAUUUCUCGAUAAGAACGAAUAUUUCUUCGUCAUAUAUGAGUGUUGGCUGCUAAUAGCUCUAUCUUCAAUGGUGUUUGCGGUCUUCUUAUUAAUGUUUAUGUUCAUGAGACACUGUUGCGCCAUUUACAAAAUCGCUAGUUCCUUGAAGCAGUGA